AUGUCAUCAAGCUCGUUCGAUCCAACCAAUGUCAACCUUAACACUGCGAGCCUUGCUGAUGUGAUAUGUUAUCUUUACGACCAGCCGGAUGAUUCUAAUGGCUACCUUGGUGCUCGCAUCUCUUCGGUUUUCGUUAUCCUGAUCACCUCUACUGUUGUGACCUUCUUCCCAGUCGUGGCGAGACGGGUCGACGCUUUGAAGAUUCCCAAUACUGCUUAUCUGAUUGCAAGAUAUUUUGGUAGCGGUGUAAUUCUGGCAACGGCAUUUGUGCACUUGCUGGAUCCGUCCUACUAUGAGAUAGGCCAGAAUACCUGUGUGGGCGUGACAGGAAAUUGGACCCAGUAUUCAUGGCCACCGGCCUUUGCCUUGACAUUCAUUGUGGUCACCUUUAUUCUGAACUUCGGUGCCAUCUUAUUUGUGGAAAAGAAAUAUGGCAUCCGUCGGAGUGAGAAACGCUCAAUGAUAGCCAGCCAAGGAUGUCAAAUUGCCAAUCUCCGGCAAGACGAAGAAGCCAACAGUGACAAAACCAAUGACACUACUCCAGCUUCCUAUUCGUCACAAGCGCCGAAAUCUGCCGAAGCUCCUCAAUUCGCUGCAGCAUCAUCUUGCGAUGAUAAAGCCAUUGAUAAUGAGCAGUCCGUCAGUGAACAGCUGGGGGCCUUCCUCAUUCUUGAGUUUGGGGUUCUCUUCCACUCAGUCAUUAUCGGUCUCACCCUCGGCGUCGUGGGUAGCGAAUUCAAGAUUCUCUAUGUUGUCAUCAUUUUCCAUCAGGCUUUUGAGGGUCUCGGUAUUGGUGCGAGAAUGUCCUCCAUUCCCUUCAAGCCCGGAAGCUACCUACCCUGGAUUCUUUGCUCAGCAUAUGGACUGACCACUCCAAUUUCUAUCGCCAUUGGGAUCGCGGUGCGGGAAUCCUUGAACCUCAACUCGUUUAAUGCGAACAUCGUGCAAGGGGUGCUGGAUGCCUCGUCUGCGGGGGUCCUAAUCUAUACUUCGCUUGUGGAGCUCAUUGCCCAUGACUUUAUCUUUAACCCGAAUCGAACAAACGAUAAUAAGGAACUGACGAUCAUAUUCGUGAGCUUUUUACUUGGCGCUGGAAUUAUGUCGCUCCUGGGGAAGUGGAUUUAG